AUGGCCUCAACUGCGGACCACAAGGCCGACACUCAGCCGAAAACCCAAGAUCAGUUUCCUGACAUUGUCAUGAAACCGCUUGCCACAGCUGCGAUGCAUCCCGAGUAUCACUACGACGGUUUCCAUCCUGGCAGCCAAGUUCUGGAGGUCGGGCACGCUCGAUCUCCAGGCCGGCGACAGUUUGGCGUCCGGACAGUCUACGAGCGGGACCAAGCAAUCAUUGUCCGAGAUGGCGCUUGCUUGUAUGGCGACAUUUUCCGGCCCGAGACGUCAGACGUAGACGCUGUCCCGUGCAUUAUUCCAUGGAGUCCGUACGGUAAGACGGGCACUGGACCUCAAAACUACGACUCCAUGGCUCCCCACCGCGCAGGACUCGCACCCGACAGAACGUCUGGGUACGAAAAGUUUGAAGCUCCAGAUCCGGCCGAGUGGGCUGAGCGUGGCUAUGCUGUGGCCAACAUCGAUGCGCGCGGUGCCGGGCACAGUCAAGGCAUCAUUGCCGCCUGGGGCCGGCAGGAAGCCGAGGACGUCUACGACGUGAUCGAGUGGAUUUCGAAGCAGCCCUGGUGCAAUGGAUCGGUAGUCAUGGCAGGCAAUUCCUGGCUCGCGAUUGCGCAGAUCAACUUUGCGUCUCGGAUGCGGCACCCCGCCCUCAAGGCCAUUGCGCCGUGGGAGAGCCUGACCGACCCCUAUCGGCACAUUGUGGCUCGAGGCGGCCGCCCGCACGUGCCCGGCUUUCAAAAACUGAUCCAGGGCGCGUUUGCUGGACCCGAAGGUGCUGAGAGCAUGUCUGACAUGCUCGAGAAGCGACCGCUGUACGACGACUACUGGGAAGCCAAGAGGAUCCCCGUCGAAAACAUUGACAACAUUCCCAUGUACGUUGUGGCGUCGUAUUCGUCCAUGGUCCAUUCAUACGGAUCCUUCCAAACCUUUCGUCGCGCAAAGACGCUCAAGAAAUGGCUGCGCGUUCAUCCCUUCCAAGAAUGGUAUGACCUGUAUCGCCCCAGCAUGUCGGAUGAGCUUCAAAGGUUCUUUGACUUUUACUGCAAGCCGGCCGCAGCCAGUCCUGCAGAUGUGAACAACUGGGAAACGUCGACACCCGCGAUUCGACUCUCGCUUCUUGGCUUCGAGGCUGACGGCAGUCCUGCGGCCACGGUUGUCGAGAGGCCAGAGUCAUCCUACCCUCUCGAGCGGCAAGAACUGCGCAAGUAUUUUCUUGAUGCGCAGACUGGGACAUUGCUGAAGACGGCCCCGGCCGAAGCGACGACGCGGAGCUACGAAGGGAAAAGCCUGCACGAUCAACUGAGUUUCACGGCAUUUUUCGACGUCGCAACCGAGCUGGCUGGGUAUCCAAAGGCAGUUCUGCACAUGUCAUGCGCUGACCAUGACGACAUGGACGUCGUCGUGCAAGUCCGCAAGAUCGACGCCUCCGGUAGACAGCUUGUCCAUCUCAACUACCCCUGUCCAGUCCCGCUACACAAAGUCCCGAAUGUCAACGUGACGAAGACGCUGGGACCACAGGGAUUCCUACGAGCAUCCCAUCACGUCACCAAGGGCGAUGACCCCGGUGGAUCUGCUUCGUCCACCGAUGACUUGUCUACAGAAACAGACAUCUUCUACAGCCAUCGAACACGGGAGCCGAUUCCACCCGGAAAAGUUAUCCGCCUUGAGAUUCCCCUGUGGCCCAUUGGCAUGACAUUCGAGGCGGGCGAGGGCAUCGCGCUCAAUGUCUCGGGCCAUGACAUGUGCCUGCCCGAGACGGACAAGUGCCGCUUGACCGAGCCCGAAGAUGAGAACGUGGGAACGCAUCGUCUCCAUACCGGAGGAGGCUUUGACAGUUGCUUAAUCGUACCAGUCAUUAAAGGAUGA